AUGUUAGUAGAGGAAAUACCGAAAGGAUCUAAUUCGAAUUCAUCGACCAUUUAUUUCAGUUCAUCAAUCAAUCUCACAGCAAGACUGAUUAUUCCGAAAGAAGAUGCAACAUCUCAAGGCGAUGCUCCCGCUGUCGUAAACAAAAAGGGUAGAGCCAAAGUCAAUUACAAUGUGACUCAACUUAUGAAUGCCCAAGUCCAACUGAAUCAAGAGACAUCCCUGAGAGGUGGUUCUGGUGCUGGUCCUCUCAAAACCACUCAACAACUUCAACUAGAAAGACUCGUGUCAAAAAGAUUAAGUGAAUUAAAUCAAGAAUCAAGUUCUAAAGGGUUUGAAUUACCUAAAAAUUUCACAUAUAACACUAUACAUUCAUCUUCUACUCAUAAGAAAUCACAUAAGUCAAAAUUAGGGAAUACACCAACUACAAAGAGAAUCUUGAGUGCAAGAAGAAAUUUAAAUCUGUAUUUUGAAGAGGAAAGAAACUUGAUGUCAGUAAAUACUAUUCUUGCUUUAAAUUAUCAAUUUGUUGAUUUUGCUGAUGUUGAAAGGAAAUCAAAAAAAGCAAGAAUAGAUUCAAGGAUCUAUCGUCCCAAAUUACGAUUGUGUUGUAUAUAUAUGAAGAAAUCCCUUAUAUUUUCCAUUCUUUUAAUCCUAGCCGAUUACGUUAUAACGGGAGAAUACCCAAAAUUUUCAGGAUCCAGCAAUAAUUUAUACGACUCGAAAAUAAAACUGACAAAACCAAAACCAAAACCAGUUGCAUCUCAAGAUUAUUUGAAACUAGUAGAAUUUGCCAAUCUAGCGGCUGUGGCAUAUUGUGUUAAUAAAGGAUUACUGAAAGGUUCGUUGGGAAAUCAAGAAACUGGUUGUCCUUUAUCUGCAUGCAAAAAUCCGAUUCUCAAAAAUGUGGAAAUUGUCAAAAUCUUUGAUUUGAAUAAUCGUGGUGAAGUUGGAACUGGUUAUUUUGCAAUUGAUAGAAAACGAAAAGCUAUAAUAUUGGCAUUUAGAGGCACCUCGUCAAGGCGAGAUUGGUUUACUGAUAUAAAUUUUAUCCCAGUGAAAUAUACACCUAUUGUAUAUGACGAAGAUUUUGCUAAAGAACCCUAUAUCCAGACCGAAUGUAAUGGCUGUCGUGUACAUAGAGGAUUUGGACAUUCCUUGAGGGAUAAUUCAGGUUCAAUUGUUAGUGCUGGGGUGAAGCUUAAAGAUAAAUAUCCAGAUUUCCGAUUUGUAAUCCUCGGACAUUCCUUGGGUGCAGCCUUGACGGUCUUGAGUGGAAUUGAAUUUCAAUUAUUAGGAUAUGAUCCUUUGGUGGUUACAUUUGGUGGUCCAAAGGUUGGAAAUCAAGAAUUUGCCAAUUUUGUUGAUAAUUUAUUUGAUACUGAAGAAGUAGAGAAGGAGAUUAAUGAAAAGAAGAAUUUUUCAAGAGGAUAUAUUAGAGUUGUCCAUAAACAUGAUAUUGUCCCUGUAUUACCGCCUUCUAUUUUGUUUGCGCAUGCUGGGUUUGAAUAUUUUAUUGAAAACAAAGAAUUACCUCAUACUGAAAAAGAUUUGGACAGGAGAGGACUUGAUUAUUCGAAUUUGUUAACCAAAAGAAGUUUAGACUUUAAACCUAGUAGAUUAUGGCCAGAUCAGAUGGGGAAGUAUGAACAUACCCAUUAUUUUAGAAAAAUUACAAAUUGUAAGGAUGAGGAUGAAUAG